AACAACAGAACACAGAUUGAAGAGAGAAAGGAAGAGAGGGAGAGAGAGAGCAGAGAGAGCAAAAUUAUGGUGAGCGGAGACGUAACCACAGUGAUGAUGGUGUCACUGGUUUUGACUGUCGGUUUGAACACUCUGGUGAAAGCAAACCUCUCCAAAGGCAUGAGCAAUUUCGUUUUCGUUGCUUAUUCCAACCUCUUCGGAUUCUGUUUCCUGCUAAUUGCAACCACCCUUCGUUACAGGAACACCUCUCCCCCACCGAUCAAUAACUCCAUUCUCUUUAGAGCUUUUCUCAUUGGCUUCUUCGGCGUUUUCAUUGAAACGCUCUCUUAUACCGGGCUUCGAUACGGCUCUCCCACUCUCAGCUCAGCCAUAGAAGAUCUUCUUCCAGCUUUCACUUUCAUAAUCGCCGUUGUUUUCAGGAUGGAAAAGCUGGACCUGAAAGUAAGAAGCUGUCAAGCAAAAAUCAUUGGGACUGUGGUCUCAAUUGCAGGGGCAUUAAUGGUGACUUUAUACAAAGGUUUGGCAAUAACAAGUGGUGUGAUGCGAAACGACUUUUUUCUCUCAUCUCAACAAUCACAAUGGCUACUAGGAGGAUUUUUCCUAUCAAUGGCUACCUUUUCUGCUUCAGUCUCGAUUGUUAUACAGACAUGGACAAUUAAGGACUACCCAGAGGAGCUAAUGCUAAUAACCAUUGCUACCAGUUUCUCUGUAAUCCUAUCUUUCGUAGUUGCUUUCAUUGCAGAGAAAAAUCCCAAGGCUUGGAUACUUAAGCCUGAUAUGGAAUUAGUGUGCAUGUUGUGUACAGGUAUUAUAGUGAUAUGUACAAGAGGUGUGGUGGAUGCAUGGGCAUGUCGAAAGAUGGGAGCUGUAUAUGCUGCUAUGUUCAGUCCUAUAGGAAUUGUGAUUGCACUUGCUAUGGGGAUUGUAUUUUUAGGAGACACUCUUUAUCUUGGAAGUGUGAUAGGAGCUGCUAUAAUAGCUAUCGGAUUUUAUGCUGUAUUAUGGGGUCGGGCUCAAGAGGAAAGUAAGACUAGUGAAAAACAUGAAGCCUAUGGCAUUAUCUCUUCAUCUUCAUCCGGUUCUGAAACCAUCCUCUUACUGCAUACAAGCAAAGACACAAUGAUAACAUAAAAGGCUUGAGGAAUUUUAUACUUUGAUGGAGACAAACAUUCUUAUUAGAUAGAUGAAGUGAUGUCCUACAUUGUUCUAGCCAAAAGGAAUUUUCAGAGUUGUCUCAUAUUUCCGAUCUCUUCCUCCUAUUAUAAGGUCUUCCAAUCAUUCCCUUAACUUCUUACAUGCCAUUUCAAUACUAUUAUUUCUAUUUAUUGUCUCUAUUAAAUUUGCAGUAAUUAUUCUAAUGACUAACAGUUACAAAUCUUACAUGACCUUUCAACA